AUUGAAUUUACAUCAUUAUCCACCAACCCCAUCUUCUUCUUAUUCUUCAUCUUCUACUGAGAUUUCUCUUUUUUUUUCAAAAAAAACUCAUCCUUGAAUGAACGGUGGUGCAUGGAUGUGGAACCCUAACAAAAUUGAAGAAUUGGAGGAUGAUGAUGAAUCUUGGGAAGUCAAAGCCUUUGAGCAAGACACUAAAGGCAACAUCUCUGGUACCACUUGGCCUCCAAGAUCUUACACUUGCAAUUUCUGCCGCCGUGAGUUCCGUUCUGCUCAAGCCUUAGGCGGUCACAUGAAUGUCCACCGCCGUGACCGCGCCUCAUCUAGGGCUCAUCAAGGUUCCACCGUUGCGGCUGCGGCUAGAAGCGGCCACGGGGGGAUGUUACUCAAUUCUUGUGCUCCGCCGUUGCCUACAACGACACUUAUAAUACAAUCCACGGCGAGUAACAUUGAAGGUUUGUCCCAUUUCUACCAACUGCAAAACCCUAGUGGCAUUUUUGGUAAUUCUGGUGACAUGGUGAAUCUUUAUGGUACGACUUCGUUUCCUCCGAGCAACCUUCCGUUUUCAAUGUUGAAUUCUCCAGUAGAAGUUCCUCCUCGGCUUAUUGAAUAUUCGACAGGAGAUGAUGAGAGCAUUGGCUCGAUGAAAGAAGCGACAGGAACAUCAGUGGAUGAGCUUGAUCUUGAACUUCGGCUAGGGCACCAUCCACCGUGACAUUUCAUUUUCAUGACCCACUCGAGGCUUUCACAUUAAUAUCUAUUCAUACACAGGUUCUUUAAAUCUUAAUUUACAUGUUGUUGUUAAAUUCUGAAUUCAAUUUGGCUUGAAUUGUGUAUCACAAUUAAAUUCAUUCGAUUUCAUGCUUUGGUUCCUUGAUUUCAGAGCGUAAGUUUACAAGUAUAUGUUUACUUAAUUUGAUUGGUUAGAUCGAAAUAUAUACAAUGAACCCUGCAUUAUAUGAUUUGUAUAUACUUAUAUUAAAUUUCAUCUCAGAAAUCCCAUAGAACCCAUAUAUGUAUUGAUUACUAUUGCUUUUUAUAUAUUCUGUCUUUAUCAUUACUUGGUUUAGUAAUGAUUUUCUUGAAAAGUAACAAGGCUCUUUGAAUUCAAAUUUCCGUUUGAUGGAGAAAAUUUACAAUUAACGAACAUUAUCAGUAGUUUGUUUCAAAUGCUCAAAACUUUCAAAUUAUUAAAAGCGUCUACACAUUU